CGUUGCAUUGGCGCAAGUUAUAAUUUACUUAGCCAGUCAACUUUCAGAUCAUUUAAUAUAUCAGUGAUGUGCUUAUUAAUUAUUUGACGAAAGCCAUGAACCCUGACUAGAAUGGUUCAGUCCAUACGCCAUACGGUAUCUCUGAAUCAUUCCUUCGCGCUUGUCCGACCAUUUCCGCCUUUAUUGCACAAAUAGCCUACUGUACAGUAUAGUAUAGUCAUUUAAUAAGCGGCGUGGAUCGAAUCAGGCAGUCUAUGUUUACAUGUCGAAGCUGUCAGCAUGAAUAUAUCAAAGCGUAUGGAUAUACUAGCUUAUGUACCGGUACUCUACCAUAUAAUCACGGUUGUCAGUGUUUUAGCAGAAUGUCCAAUAAAUGCUGUUAAGAAUGCUCAGUUAUGUACGGCCAGUCUUGGAAUAGGACCCCCUACAGGACCAAAACCAUUUGUUGAAAAGGGAAAAGUUGAAAUGGCUAAAAGAGCUUGUAGAGGGAAAGAAUUAGAUGUUGCAGUUAAAUGUUUACAAGAUAUAAAAGAUGUUUGUCAGGGUAAUACAGAAAGAGAACAUUAUCUACGUAUGAUGAUAGAUGUUGAUAAUACUAGACAAAGUGUUCAAUAUUUCUGUAGUAAUUUAAAUAUUUAUGAAAAUAAUGCUGAUUGUAUUGCUAGUUUACAUGGUGAACAGAUCAGAUGUGUUCAAGAAGUACGAACUAAUUUUAAAACGAAAGUGAAAGCAACUAAUAAUAUGGAUGUUAUGAUGACAUCUACAUGUCGAUUUUUCAAUACAGCAGUUAGAUGUACUCAGAAAGUUCUACAACCUAAAUGUGGUAAAGAGGCUGUAAAUAUUGUUGUUAGAAUACUUCUUGGCUUUCAACCCCCGAAAUGUAAAGAAUUGGAUAUGGAUCCUGGUUAUAAGUUUGAUGAUGAUGAUGAUGGUUUCAAUGAUGGCAAUACUGCAAGUUCUACAUUUACGCCUUAUAACAUAGAUUUAUUAAUUUUACUUGUUAUUGGGACAAUUUUACACAAAACUAUUGACUGGUAAACAUAUUGGAAGUGACUAGGAACAAUUAUUAAAAAACAAACUGUGAUAUUUCAUUUCUUUUUGUUAGAUAUUUUAUAUGUUUGUUUUAUGUCAGCUGAAAUUCAUUUAUAUUUUUAAAAAAAAAUUUUGUAUUUUAUCAUAUAAUUUUAGUCUGUAAGUGGUUUACCUGGUACAAAAUUUUGACUAUAUAUAUUACAAUUAUUAUUACUUAUCAUAGGUAUCUUUUAACCAAAAUAAAAUAGAUAUAUUCUAAAUGAUAUAUCAACCUAAAAAUAUGCUUUUAUUUAAAUGUACACAAUUUAGUUUUUUGGUUAGGAUCAUAUUAUAUGGAUGUUUCGGUAGGCAUUUAAUCAGUUCUGUGCAGUCAUAUAGAGUACAUGUACUUGUAUAUAAAAUUUCACCUUACAACUGGAUAUUUUCACUUCAGAUUUUAUAUUUAUUUAAGAUUUCUGUUUGGUAUUAGUAGGAAUAAUACAAGUUCUGUGUUCUAUGUAAAUCACCUUAUUAUUUGAAGUGUAUGUAAUUAUUUAAGUUUUAAAACUAUUUAUUUUAACCCUACAUGAUCUGUUAAGGCAUGUAUAGUUUAAUUUCUGUAAUAUAAUCACUUUUUAUUUUAUCAAUUUCAUGUGUAAUGGUAAAAACUGUACAAAUUGCUUUUGAAUUGAAAGAAAAUGAGCCAAUAAUUAAUUCCUUAAAUGUAAAAAAUUAGUUUACAUAUAGUUUGAAUUUGAUGAACCUCAGUCCAUAACAUACUAUUUUUCUCCCACCAAACUCAAAAUGGCCUCAACUUGCUCACAAGGGUUUAGACUACUGGUAAUGUAUAAACAUUAAAUAAAAGUAGGCCUGUGCCAAACUGAAGAGCACAAUUCAGUUAUGUUUAUUUUAGCUAACCAUUUGGUGUCUUAAGGGUUACUGGGAAGCAGAAGAUUUAAGUUGUUUAUUUCCUUUAAAGAAUAUAUUUUAAAUUAAGUAGUGGUGACUACCUAAGGGACAUAAUACAUGUUUUGCUUCUGAAAUCAUAAGAAUUACUUUAUGCUGUACAUUUUUAAAUCUUAUAAAAGCGGCUUUCAAUACUGAAUAUACUUUGAAAGAUUGGUUCCCUUGAGGCUAAAUAGGUCAUGUGUUCUGAAUAUACUUUUAAAGAUAUGUUCUCUUGAGGCUAAAUAGGUAAUCUGUUCUGAAUAUGUUCCCUUGAGGAUAAAUAGGUCAUGUAUUCUGAAUAUACUUUUAAAGUUAUGUUCCCUCAAGGCUAUAUAGAUCAUCUGUCCAUCCCCACCCCAUAUUUAAUGCUUUUAAAGAUAUGUUCCCACAAGGUUAAAUGGGUCAUCUGUUCGACCCCUUAAUUUAUUGUUAUCUAAAAAUGAUAUUUCUCAAAUUGCCUUAUUAUCUAAAUUAUAACAGAUGGCAUCCACUGACAUUGCUGUCUUAGUGUAUACAUUUACUCAUGAAUGAGUUACAACCAAGUAACGCCAAUACUCAUCCAUUCCCUAUCUUGUUAAAGAUACUUUUUUUUGGCAUGUUUUCCUGUACUUAUGCUGGCGAUAGUCAAGGAAAUACAUCUUUAAAUCAAUUUAAAAUAGAAAUCCAUUCAAUUGCAUUUGAUAUAUUCAAGCCACUUUUAUAAAUAUAAGAUUUUACUAUAUAUGUAGAUGUGCUAAUGUGUUGUUUGUAAUUUUUUUCUUACAAAAUAUCUAAUGAUACAACCAAAGAUAAAAUAUUAAUAUGCUCAA